AUGAUCGACGCUACCAAACUGUUCAAGGAAGCCAUUCAGGGCAUCGAUCAGCAGGACGCCCAAUUCAGAGCUUUACGGGAUACCGACAUCAAUCUCAAUGGGGUUAAGCUUGAAAUUGUCCAGGGUACUCUAGAGUGGACAGACUUUUCUCAAACUGAUAGUCGAGAACAUUGUAGCCAGGUGAACAUUUCCAAGUCUAAUAGCGCAGUUGCAGACGUCUUCAAAGCCAAUGCGGACGUGAACGUCAUCAAGGCUAAACUUAACACAGGCGUCGUACGAGGAAUAAACACACCACUCACGUUGCCGCUGGAUAGAAGCAGGGGGGAUCUCAUUGAGGAAUUCGGCAGCGCAAUACAAAUAGACCCUAGUAAGCAACAGUCAGUGCCGGUAGAAGUCCCGAACUCAUAUGUAGCAGCUGUCAGAGGAGCUGUUGGUCCUAAAGGAGCUACAGCUAUGGUCUGCAAAGGGAAAAUCACUAUAUAG